CCUUCAAUCCCGGAGCGUCGCCAGCCCCCGCCGCCAGCGGACCUGUACCACUCUCCUGAGAGACAAUCUGCAGGACCUGGGAGAGCCAGCUCCUCCUGUAAGGACCAACGUGGGUUUCACUGGGCUGCAUCUGCAAAGGUAAGGCAGCAGCAUCUUCCGUGCGGAAGGAAAAUCCCUUCACGAAAGCCAUUCGCCGCAUGGGAAGAUCAAAUUCAACCGCUGCCGACUGCAUUUGGUAUUAGGAAACAAGAUUCUAAGAGUCCAUGUUCAUCUGGGAAACAGAAGGAUUCAAGAAAGUUAGCUUUCCACAAAGAACGAGAACUUACACCAUCUCCUUUUUGAUCUGAACACUUGGGGAACCAUGGAUAUCAUAGAAACAGCAAAACUUGAAGAACAUUUGGAAAAUCAGACCAGUGAUCCCACAAACACUUACACAAGACCCGCAGAGCCUGUGGAAGAAGAAAAUAAAAAUGGGAACAAUAAACCUAAAACCUUAUCCAAUGGCUUGCGAAAGGGCACCAAAAAGUACCCGGAUUAUAUCCAAAUUGCUAUGCCCACAGACUCGAGGAACAAGUUUCCCCUAGAAUGGUGGAAAACGGGUAUUGCUUUUGUGUAUGCACUCUUCAACCUGGUUUUGACAACCGUCAUGAUCACAGUCGUGCAUGAAAGGGUCCCUCCCAAGGAGCUCAGCCCUCCACUUCCAGACAAAUUUUUUGAUUACAUUGAUCGGGUGAAAUGGGCAUUUUCUGUAUCAGAAAUAAAUGGGAUUAUAUUAGUUGGCUUGUGGGUCACCCAGUGGCUAUUCCUGAGAUACAAGUCAAUAGUGGGACGCAGAUUCUUUUUUAUCAUUGGAACUUUAUACCUGUAUCGCUGCAUUACAAUGUAUGUUACCACACUCCCAGUGCCAGGAAUGCAUUUCCAGUGUGCUCCAAAGCUCAACGGAGACUCUCAGGCAAAAAUACAACGGAUACUCCGGUUGAUUUCCGGUGGUGGCCUGUCCAUCACUGGAUCACACAUCCUGUGUGGAGACUUCCUCUUCAGCGGUCACACGGUCAUGCUGACGCUCACUUAUCUGUUCAUCAAAGAAUAUUCGCCUCGUCACUUCUGGUGGUACCACUUGAUCUGCUGGCUGCUGAGCGCUGCUGGGAUUAUCUGUAUUCUCGUGGCGCACGAACACUAUACUGUUGAUGUGAUCGUUGCUUAUUAUAUCACCACGCGCCUGUUUUGGUGGUACCAUUCAAUGGCCAAUGAGAAGAACUUGAAGAUCUCUUCACAGACUAAUUUUUUGUCUCGAGCUUGGUGGUUCCCCAUUUUCUAUUUUUUUGAGAAAAACGUCCAAGGCUCAAUUCCCUGCUGCUUCUCCUGGCCACUCUCCUGGCCUCCUGGCUGCUUCAAGUCAUCCUGCAAAAAGUAUUCCCGGGUGCAGAAGAUCGGUGAGGACAAUGAGAAGUCUACCUGAGGAGCCAGAGAGACGCACCAGCUCUUACACCAAAAGAGUUUCACGCUGUAACCAAAGGUAUAGCUUUGUUGUUUAUUUCAGGAGAACUGACUGGUAAAUGAAGAAGUGGACCAAAUUUUGUGUGAAUGCUUGGAAAGAUGAACGAAGUAUUACCUUUUGACUGGUUUUUUUUAAAACAAAAAUUCAUCCUGAGAAAGAUAUAUUUUCUUGCAGCUCCUCAUUCAUGGGUAACAAGCCCCCACAAUGGGAUUUUAAAGAGGUGCCAAAGAACCUAUUAUUCCUCUCCUCAUUCUUUCUCUACUAAAGUCUUCUAUCUACUUCAGCCAUUGUUUUUUUCAGGAUUGUUUUCUUUCAAGGUCAGAAGAAUUUGUUAAUGUUUUCAAUAAAAUAUCUGGAUAUAUACAGCCGUGUGUAAAAUACAGUAACCUAAUGUCGAGAAGAGUUUUUGAACUUGAAGCUCUGUGAGGAGAAAUCCAUGGCUAGGAAAGUUCAAGUGCACUUUGUUGGACUCUGUCACAGCGUAGGCCAGAGUGGUGUCUGUGUCUGCCCUCUGCUGGUACCACCCAAUGUACUACGUAUCACUUUUACUUUUUUUUUUUUUUAACUGAUGUAAUCUUUUUUCAAAAAGAAAGAUGAUCCAAGGAAA